GUCACAUUAGGUAUGUUUUCUAGGUUAAAUAGGACACAGAGGAAAGUGACUGAUGAACUUUGCCAAUACAAGGUAUGAGAGUCCUUCAAAUUUCCUGCUUCAUAGAAAAGUUUGCCCGAUAUUUUGGGCCUGUAGGCUGAAGAUGGAUGCCCCAACAUUGCAAAGGAACUUUGGGUGACUGUCCAGACAGCCAGAUGCCUCUGUUGUUAAGUAAUGUUAAUUCCUUCUGGGUCUUUGAUGGAGUUGGAGACUAAAUAGUUAUAGUUGCAGUUUUCCUUAGUUAUGAUAGAAAGUAAAUUAGGUGUAAAACUUUUGAUUCACUAAGAUAGGAUAGAUAAUGUAUUAUUUUCUCUGAAUAUGCUAAGUAUAAUUGGACAGAAUAUUGUAAAUGUAAUUCUUACUUGAUAACUGUUUUUGUUGUGUGUAGUUUUACUUACUAUGUAAAGUUAAAAUCUUUCUUUUUAUUUAGACAAAAAGGGAGAAAUAUUGUAGAAUAUUGUUUUAAGAUGUGUUAUAUUUGUUUAUGCUGUGGAACAUUUGUUUAAUGAUGCAAAGAUAUAUUGUAUUCUAUUGUGUUACAUUUAUUUAACUCUGUGAAGCUGUGUUACUCUGCCUGUCUAAAACACCUGAGGAUCUAAUAAAGAGCUGAACAACCAAUAGCGAGGCAGGAGAAAGGAUAGGCAGGACUGGCAGGCAGAGAGAAUAUAUAGUAGGAGAAACCUGGGAGGAAAAGAACAAAAAGCAAGCGAACAAGGAGAGGAGGAUCCUAGAGACCAACCACCCAGCCACACAGCCAGCCACGGAAUAAGAGUAAAAGUAAGAUAUACAGAAGAAAGAAAAGAGAAAAGCCCAGAGGCAAAAGGUAGAUGGAAUAAUUAAAGUUAAGAAAAGCUGGCAAGAAACUAGCCAAGCUAAGGCUGGGCAUUUAUAAUUAAGAAUACCUCCACAUAUGAUUUAUUUGGGAGCUGGGUGGCAGGCCCCCAAAAAGAGCAAAGAUUAAAAAGAGUAAAAACCAACCAACAAUAGUUCUCUCAUUAUGAACUUAUCAGAUCAAACUUCAAAGUCUUACUACACUCCACCUGGAGCUGCUGCGGUUUAGACAGACCAUUGUUUAGGAAGGGUCAAAGCAGAAACAGAGACUAAAUGCUGGUGUCAGCUUAGGCUGUUGUGAUAAUGAUGUGAAAUGCUUAUGUCAGCACCAGUUACACGUAUCAAGAGUUAAUUUUGUAAGCCUUCUUUGUCUCAUUUCCACAGCUUCUUACCUGUUUCCUGCCUCUUACACCUGUGGUGAGAACCUGCUGCCCCGCUCAUCAGGAGGCUGUGCUUGUACCUGAUGGCCACAUUAUAUAACUCACAAUACAGCAAUGAUAUUCUAACAGCUUCAACUUGUGGAACAUUUUUGUAUUUUUCAAAACAUCUGAGUCUCAUUUUUAUGAUUCUAAGUAUUGCUUGUUCACAUCUUCCUAUUAUGUGUAACAACUUGGAGAAUGUUGGAAGUUUUGAUAGGAGGGUACUAGGUAACACAGAGGUAGGCAGUUUGUUUGGUGUCACAUGACCACAGUGCUGUCUCAGUAUACUCAGUUUACUUUUAUUUUAAUUUUUUAAGGAAAACAUAACAUGGAGACUAUGAAUUAAUGCACAUAGCAUUGAGUAUUACCAGCCACUAAGUCACAGGAGAGAAGGUAAGGGAUAUGUGUCUCCCACUGGGGAAAAAACAAAACCAAAACAUGCACUGCCACCUAUAACAUCUUAAAAAAAAAAAAAGAACCUGAACAAAGUUCGUCUCUAUAAGUUCAGAAAACAGAAUUAAAUUACAAAUGAUCUCAAAAUAAUUCAGUCAAUCAAAUCCAGUCGGUGGAAGACUUUAUAGAGGAAAUAACUACCUAUCUUCACACUGCAGCGAGAGAGAGAGAGAGAGAGAGAGAGAGAGAGAGGAAAGGAGGCGGGGGAGAGAGAAAGGUAGCAAGCUGUAGGGUUAGAGAGGCCUAAAGACUUUUUAAAGAAUGGCUAUUUAUCUACUUGUAUGUAUAUGUGUGAGUGUACAUGUAUGGGCAUGUGCAUGUCACAGCUCACAAGUGAAGGUCAGACAAUAAUUAAAAAUACAACAAAAUCCUUUUGUAAAGAAAAGAAAUAUUUUUUAAAAGUUCAGGUAGCAAGAGAAUGUCAUAAAGAACUAGAAAGAGGUUAAUCUUUACUACCAUUCUUGUUUUCAAUACAGUUUUUGAAGGAGACCCUGGCACAAGUUGGGGGGGUGGUCCCUCCCUGACCUGGAUGAGGCACAAACCACCCAAACACCUGUUUUCACAGAGAGAUCCUUCACUAAUAGGGGAAGAAAAGUUAAAGUGGCUGCUCUCUGACUCAGGCAGAAAAAUAGCAGCAAAUGACGUUGCAGAUGUAAUUUUUAAGAAGAGAGAAAGGGGAGCUCUGUGUUACAAUGAGCUAGGAUGCGGUGGUAUGUUUUGAUUGGGUGUGUUAGUUAGGUGAAUCCAAGGAGGCUUUUGAUUGCUGGACUUCGAUACUUUGAUAGCUGGACCUUGGUAGUCAGCCUUAGGAGGAGGAAAUGGCCAAAUAAGGGAACAGACAUUAGGAGCUAGCUUUAGGAAUGUAAUCUAAUGGUUUUUUAGCAAGGCUGAGGGAAUUGGGGAGAAGGGCAAGACCUACCAGAGCUACAUGCUUGAGUGGGCUAGUGUCCCUUCAGUUUUUUUAUGUUUAUAUAAUUUUUAAAGAUUUUUAUAUCUUUAGUUACAUUUUAAUAAUUUUUAAUUAUAUGUGUGUUAUGUGACUUCUCCUGGGGAGACACAACACAUACAUUUACUCACCCCAGAUAGUGAGCCCAGGACAGACCAAAGUGAACCUGGAUUCCAAAUCUAGAUCCCACCGAAGUCCAACAUGAUGUACCAAUUAGUUUUUUAGUGGAGUUACUUACAAGAGCAGAAAUGACUCACAGACAGCUGCAUCACCAAAGUCCCACCUCAGCGUGGUGACAGCUCACAAAGCUGGGAACCUGGAGCACACUGCACAGCCUGCAGGCAGCUCAGCAGGUUGGAGAGUGUCCUCUCCAGGAGGCUCCGUUGACCUGAGUCCCUUCCAGGCAGCUUGGCUUGUAUCUGCUUCUUCCAAGCUGCUUGGCUGAUCUGAGUCUUCUCUGCAGUUUGUCUUGUCUGAGAGUGAGUCUUAGAAGUUUUUGUUUUUUACUCUUGGGAAAGAGGGUCAGCUUCAGGGGCUCCCAGAAGUCAUUUUGAGUUGUUUACUUUCUCUCUUAAAGUAAAUGCAGGAUGAAAUGUUUUAAUCUAGCUCUUAGAUUCUUUCUAUUCCCUCUUCCACAAUGAUCUCUGAGCACUGGAGGGGCUGACUAUAUGACUCCUGUGCCACAGCAACAGGAGUAUCACCAGUGGUUUUGAGUUGAGGCUGACAACGGUGAUCAAUGGACAUAAACACAAAUGUUUGUGUUUGACAGGCAUAUCACACCCAUUUGAUAAACAGCAGCAGUGGCUUUCUCAUUAGGGCCUCCUUUAUCAAUAACCCCUAGAGAGGUAACUGACACCUGGUACUGCGAAUUUCAAUCAAUAACCAUAUGGAUUUUGGUAGUAUCUGCUUCUCCCCUUGCAAGAUACCCUUGCUUACUCUCUGUGAACGUAUUUAGGGUGCACUCACAGGUCUCUCCAAUGGCUUUCCAAUCUUCAAAACAUUCAGAGAUUAUGUUAUCUAUAUAACAAAACCUUUUUCAGAGGAUGAGCAGGGCAACAUAACACCCUGAACCACAAUCUCACACCAAAUAGUAAGAUUACAAAGAUAACUUUGAUCAAGCACUCUGAAAACCCAUGUCAUCUGUUCUGAGCAAGUGUCAAGUGAUCCUAGAAAUUCGCAACUAAGAAGAUACUAAAGUGGAACAUAAGCAAGGCCUAAUACAGCAUAGAAAGGUCCCAUCCACUUGUAUCAGUUGCUUCCUCCACAGAUCAAGGUUGAAUACAAAAGCAUGGAUAGGAACCUGUAAUUUAAUUGGCUCUCUGUAAUCCUCAGUCAUUCUCUCUGAGCCAUUACAUUUCCAUAUCCCAGAGCUCUUCCAUGAUGACUCCCUAUACUUCACCCCUGAUUAAUUCAGUGGGCUUGGCUUAAUCUGAUCAACUCUACCACCUAGGGCUAAGGGAGAAAGUGGUCCUCCUCACCCCUGCUGCAUUUGCUGGCUCCGUGGGUUGACACAGUAGCUGUUGCCUCCCCAUUUACCACACCUGGUUGUUGGGGGAGUUCCUGGCUGGGCAAACCAUCUCCACCCCUAGCAUAACCUUUUCCUAAAGAGAAAUGUACCCUCCUUAGUCUGGGGGGAUAAUUACCCACCCCUGGGACAGGCUUGAUCAUCUGCGCCUGUAUUACUCUAUCCUGAACAUCUUCUGUGAACUGCUCCUCAGGCUUUGAAGCCUUCUAGACCCUCCUUAGCACAGUUGGCUUUCUAUCAUGUUUUUCCAUAGGAACUCCAGCUUGACACAAAUUUUGCCACAUUUGUCUUCAAGUAAUCCAAACAGACUUCUUCCUCUGCUUUGCCUUUUUCUUUUCUUCUCCAGGUUGCUCUCUCUCUUUACAGACACUCUUUACAUGCUGGUCUAAGUCACUUAGGUUUGCCAAAGCCUCUUCUACUUUAUAAAGAGCUUUCCUCACAAAAAGAGCCCAGCAAAGCUGCCAAAGCUCCAAACCAGCCAUGAGGUCCUUGUUGAAUCUCUUUUCUUUAACACCCCUGUGAACAUAGUUCUAUAGGACCCAGUGAAUUGGCAUUCAAAUACAAAUUCAAAUUCCUAGUUCCCUCAAUAGCACCUAUCCCCUGCCUCCAGCCCUGGAUAUUUAUGGGGACCUCAGAUGGAGAUUAAAAACUAUUCCUAAUGGCUCUGAUAAGCCAGUCCAUCAGGGACCAAUGUCCCUUACACUGUCUCAGGUUUAUACAGCCCUUGCCUUAAGGAGGAAUGGACAGUAACAUUACUCAGUUUUUCUGACUCCACAGCAGUCAGACUGAUCCUAUUAACUCCUGUGUCCCACAGUCUCACAAGCUACACUGUGACAGGCUCUUUCACUAAUUGUUUUAAAGACUUCUCCAGAGCUGGGUGAUGGUGGUGAAUGCCUUUAAUCCCAGCACUUGGGAGGCAGAGGCAGGUGUAUCUCUCUAAGUUCGAGGCCAACCUGGUCUACAAAGUGAGUUCCAAGACAGCCAGGGCUACACAGAGAAAUCCUGUCUCGAAAAACAAAACAAAAAAAACAAAAAGACUUCUCCAGUUCCAGCAGUUUGGAUGCUGAAUGUUUCCUGAUUACCCUAGUUUCUUGUAUGGAGCCAUUGUUAAGGUUUCCAUCUAUAUGUUAGGUCACAGAUUUUUCUGGCCUCCAUGGGCACCAGGAAUGCACAGGUGCCUUAGUCAGUGUUCUAUUGCUGUGAAGAGACACUAUGACCACAGCAACUCUUACAAAUGAAAGCCUUUAAUUGAGGCUUGCUUACAGUUUCAGAGGUUUAGUCCAUUUUCAUCAUGGUAGGGAGCAUGGCGGCACAGAGACAGUGCUGGAGAAGUAGGCUGAGAGUUCUACAUCCGGAUCUUCAGGCAGCAGGAAGAGAGAAAGACUCUUGGACAUGGGCUUUUGAGACCUCAAAGCCCACCCAAGUGACAGACUUUCUCCAACAAGGCCACAUCUACUCCAACAACACCACAACUCCUAAUCCUUCUCAAGUAGUGCCAUUCUCUGAUAACUAAGUAUUCAGAUAUAUGACCUAUGGGGGCCAUUCUUAUUCAAACCACCACAUGGUACAGAGACAUACAUGCAUACAAAACAUCCACACACAUAAAAUAAUAAAAAGAAAAUGGUGUAGUAUUAUGAAGAAGGGAACUUCUGAGCCCUCCAGAUGUAAAGACAAGUGCUGUGGGAUGUUCUGUAUAGCAAAUGUGUUGCUCUGAUUGGUUGGUAAAUAAAACACUGAUUGGCCAAUGGUCAGGCAGGCAGGAAGUAUAGGCGGGACAAGGAGGAGAAUAAAGCUGGGAAGUGGAAGGCUGAGUCAGAGACACUGCCAGCCGCCACGAUGACAAACAGCAUGUGAAGAUGCUGGUAAGCCACAAGCCACGUGGCAAGGUAUAGAUUUAUAGAAAUGGAUUAAUUUAAGCUGAAAGAACAGUUAGCAAGAAGCCUGCCAUGGCCAUACAGUUUGUAAGCAAUAUAAGUCUCUGUGUUUACUUGGUCGGGUCUGAGCGGCUGUGGGACUGGCAGAUGAGAGAGAUUUGCCCUGACCGUGGGCCAGGCAGGAAAACUCUAGCUACAGACAAGGGUAACAGAAAGCUUUCCUGAGAGGUUGCAUGUCAAAAAGGGGUGAAUUGUAGUUUUCCAGGCAAACAAGUGAGGAACAAUUUUAAGAACUCAUGCAUAGAUAGGCACAAGUAGAGUACAUGUGAUCUGGGGAAUUCCAGUUGUAGUUCAAUGUGGCAUAAGUAAAAGCCAUGUGUGGUGUUAAUUUAUUUUAAAAGGCCUGUCUCACAUACAGAUGUGAAAAUGUGUUAAGGAGUCUAUUUCUCUCAUCAAGUAUAUUUUAUAACUACUAGUUCACAGCUUAAGAAUGAAGAACAAACACAUUUAUGGAUCAGGAUUAUUGAAGUAGUUAAGGAAACAAUUUAAUUAUAAGUGGAAAUUACUUUCUUUGCAAUAGAAUGGGAAAUCAAUUAAACUUUUAGAAAGAAUUUACAUGUGUAUAGACUAUUAUUUUGAUUUUCUGUCAUGUAUCACUUACAUAGCUGUUUAAAAAGGAAAACAAGCCAGGCAGCGGUGGCACACAUCUUUAAGCCAGCACUCAGGAGGCAUAAGCAGGCGGAUCUCUGUGAGUUUGAGGCCAGCCUGGUCUACAGAUAGAGUUCCAGGGCAGCCAAGACUACACAGGGAAACCCUGUUUCAAAAAAAAAAAAAAAAAAAGAAAGAAGAAAAGAAAAAGGAAAUGAAAAAGAAAGAAGGCUCCCAUUAAUUCUCUGUGGUGGCUCAGGCCUACAGUUCCAGCACUUGGGAGGCAGGCAGGACAAUCACCUAAGUUCAAAGCCAGUCUGAGCUACAUAGUAAGUUCCAGGCCAGCCUGGUUGAGCAAAACAACAAAGCUCAAUGAAUCAGCAACAACUGGAAGUGUGCCUGUUUUGCAUUCUUUUCCAUUAAAGGGUACUCUCGUCUUACAAGGGUUGUAAGACAAUUAAUAAUUAAAUAUUCACAAACAGGCCACAUUAGACAGGAUCCAAAGUAACACAAAAGGAGUUUAAACUCCACUCUAAUCUUUAAGCAAAGGAAGUUCAUGAAGGGUCAAGGUAGGGGAUGCUAGGAUCCUUUCAGUGGAGAGGCAUGGCCCGGCAAGCUGGUCAAGUUUGAACUGGUACAAGGAUAGAGACAACAAUAAAAUGUAGAUGUGUGAUGCUGUAGGUCAAAGUCUGAGGGCCAGAGCCACAUUAACGACAAUGGGAGAGGAAGAGAAGUAACAAACACAGAAAGUGGAAUCAAGUAGACUUGGUAAAUUUAUGUGCAAGGAAUCCAGAAGAACAUUUAGAAGUUUCUAUCCACUAACCGAAGAGAAGCGAUCUUUUAGAGAAAUAAAUGGUAUUUUGCAUGUCUGCAGCUGGUGUGUCCCUGGGCUAGCUGUGUGAAAGUGAAGGUAUUGGGAAGAAAGCGACGGUGGGCUCCCAGGAGACUAAGAGUUAGAAGCCACUGGCAGACAACAGUUAGUCAGGGUGAGGAGUGGUUGCUGGGAGAAGGCGCCCAGGCACCUCCAGAAGUUCAGGUCUGGAGGAAGGAGAGGGAGGCCGAAAGGGGCACAACAACAAACCCGUGAAAUGAGGCCCUGUCACCUCCAGGUGCAGCGAAGGUCCUUCGAGGGAGCAUGUGGUCAGGCGGACCGCGAGGCCCCCAGCCGGUUGCACCCAGCCGAGCCCAGCGGCUUCACUUCCGCUUCCUGCUGAGUCGGGUAGGCGGCGCGCAGCCAGACCAGGCCCAGGGCGGGCAGUAGUCUGUGUCCUGCAGUAGAGCGGCGGUCUCAGGCCUGGGGGCUUCUAGGCUUCCGAGAGCGGCUGGGUGGGCGGCGGCGGGCAAAUGCGGCCACCAACGCCGCCCCCAGGCCCCACCACGGCCCCAGGGCGCGAAGGCGAUGCCCGAGGCCUGAGGAAGCGAAGCCUUCCCCUGACGCCAGAGCCAGGCGAGGUGGGAGGCUGCAGGCUUGAGGCCAAGGGGCUCGAGGAGGAGAGCAGGCAGAAGAGGAGAGUGGUGGCCCAGGCUUCUGGGAGAGAAGAGACAGAAGGUGACAAGUUCGCCAAAGAAAAAAGAAAAGUUACUGAAGCCUCAAGUGAUGAUCCACCACCAGGGACUGACCUGGUAAGAAAGGCAUCAUUAACCAGUUCGGAAUCUUUACCAACAGUGGAGUGCAGUGAAUUUCAGAAUAUGGCUUUCUUACAGUCUUUGGCUAAGGAAGAUUUGGUAGAAGGUAUUAAAAGAAGAAUUCGAAUUAAAAAAUGUAAAAGUUUAGAAAAUCCACCUCUCAAAAUAACUAAGAAUGAGGCAACACAAAAUGUUAAGGUUGACUUCCAAGAUGAACUGUACAAGAAUACUCCAAAAUAUUCUUGUAACAGCUUAUCACCUGGAGUGGAAAAAAAUUGCAGUUUUGAAUCUCAUGAUUACAGUUUCCUCCAUUCUGAGGGUUUUAAUAAUGAAAACAACUUUGAACAUAAACCUCAUGGUGUAUGUAUGCACAUAGCAGAGAACUCUUCCAAGUUAAAGAAAGAAAACCUUAGGAAUCUUACGGAGAAGAAUGACACAAAAACUACUGCUAAACUCUUAAAAACUGAAGAAAAUGUAAUAGCCAGUAAGUUACUGCUUGAAGAAAGUCAUUUAUACCAAAGUAAAAACAAUGGCUUGAUUUCUUGCCUUCAAAGUGAAAAAACCAAAUAUUCAGUAGAGGAGAGCAGUGUUGGGAGAAAACACAGGAAAAAGAUGAAAUUGUCUGAAAAAGAAGAAAAAAAUAUUGAUCUUAAUUUCUCUAAUGUGUGUGACAAUUCUGAGUUGGUGUUACAAGAAAACCAAAUGGGUGUGGAAGGGAAAGAAACAGAGACCUUAGAGCCUAAAAAGAGUUUUCUAAAAGCUUUAAGAAAAACAAACCAUAACACACUCUCUCCAGUGGACCAUUUAUGUCUCCCAGAAACAGUAGGGAAAACAAGUCCCAGACAUCAGGUAAAUGCUGUGUUUCAGAAAACCCUUGAAUCACAUUUGAAAGAAGAUAUAAAAAAUGCUUCAGAGUCCUUAGGAUGCAGAAGUAUGGAGCCAGAAGAAUAUUUUAAAUCUAUGAUAAGCUCUGCAGUGAAAUCACCUAGUGAUGGUCACCAUAUGGGAAAAAGAUCUCCAUGGGAACAGUUGAGAAAUGAAACUGAAGAGUCAAAGGUAAGCUGUCGCAGAAUAAUACCAAUGACUGGUAAAAGAACUUGGCCUUUUUAUUCUUGUGCCAGAAUAUCAGCGCAGUGUUGGAAAAAGACGUCCCUGUCAGAUUUAAAUUACUCACUUCCAGGGUCUGUGGGAAAUGUUAGGCAACAUGAGUCUAUAAUACACCAAGUGAACGAAACUCACUUAACUGACUCCAAACUGUUACAACAGUCCUUAACAGAGGGAUCCAGUGGGUCCUCAAGUAAAGAAGUGUACAACCCUGAUUUAAAUUGUUUGUCUUCAGUUUCUUCAGCAGAACCUACUUUGAUGGUUGUAAAGGAAGCUAUACCCAGCAAUAAAAAGAUAAAGCUAGAGGAACCCAGCAGAAAUGGGACAGAGAUAGUUUCUAAUACUACUGAAGACACCCAAUUAAUUAAUGUAACUCAAAGCUUAACAGGAAAUAAGAAAAAGAGAGGGAAUUUAUCAAAACUUAAUUUGACAGUGGCAUCCCAAGAGAGCCAGGAAGCAAAUGACUUUGCAAACAAAACUGUCCAUCGGAAAGCUUGCAUUAGUAAGCAAACACUUGUGGCUCCAGACUUGGUUAAAAUAUUAAACACAGGACGGCUGACUCAUUUUAAAAUCCCUUUACUGAAGAACAAGACAGGAAAAAGAAAAGAAGUAAAUGCCAGGUCAUGUGAGAGAGAAGCUUACAGUCCCCUAGAGCUACUAGACAGUUUAUCUGGAAUAGAAGCAAAACAAAACAGGAAUAAGGAAAAUAUCUGCACAGCAACUUCAGGACCUCAGUCUUUGAAUAUACAUAAUAGUGUAAUUCCAGGGCAAGCUAGUUCUCACUCAUUCUACAAUAAGAAUUCCUGCACUUCUCCAAGCUUUGCAAAGAAAUGUUAUGAUAAUAAAGCAUAUAAUCACAUUUCUGAACCAGACAGUAAUUUUUCUAAUAAGGAGUCUAUUUCUCUUGAAAUUGAAAAUAAUACUUUUUCUUGUGAUCUUGGGUAUAUUGAGCAAAGUUCAUUCUGCUCUAAGGAACAAGAAGCAUUUGUGCCAGUUUCUUCUGAAGUUCGAGGUAGAGAAAUGACUAAAAGCAUUUCAGAAUUCAAAUUGGGGUUUCCAGAUAUCCUUAAAGCAUAUGAAGAUGAUGUCCUCUUGAUUGAUGUAAUUCAAGAUGACCCGGAGCUCUUUGGAAUCUCCAGUGAAGGGGAGCUCUCAUUUGCUUCAGAAGACUCCAAGAUAAGCCAGGAGCCCAGUGUACCCGAGGAGCACCCACCAGCAGACUUUAAGCCUAUUCAACUUCCAGGGACAAAAGAAUCAGGUGAUUUGAGUAAAGAAGUUGCCUUGCUGGACCCUGGAUUGCUGAAACCGGAGAUCUGUCCUUCCUUGUCAGCAGCAAAGGAGCCACAACAUGAUCCUAAAGGUGCAGCCAUCUCCUUAGAAGCUACUGAGGAGACUGUUGUAAGUGAAAACCUGGGAGACCUCAGUGAACAAGCGAGAACUUCAGACUCAGAUGCAAAGUGCAGCAGUUCAGACAAGGCAACUAUUAAAGAAGAGCAAGCGAAUACUCAGGAAGUUUGCAAAAGCAAAGAUUCUAAAGAUGCAGAGGUUGUGGUUAAUGAAUGUCAGUUAGAAACACUGGACCCCAAACCUCUCUGCUCAUCAGUCCUUCCUUUGAAUCUAAGCAGUCUUCAAGAAGAUGCAGUACCAGUUCCCUGGAUGAAUGAUUUCAGAUUUCCAGCAAGACACCCAGUCCUACAGCUGAAGAAUCCUGAAACAUGUGAAAUAUUUAAAAGAGAAAAAAAUAUGGGGGUGUUCCAGAAGCCCUUAGGGUUGGUGAUACCCUAUAGAUACUGCAAAUUUCAUUUUAAUACGUUACGUGGCUGUGAGCGAGCACAGUGCAAAUUCACCCAUGUGCCUGAGCAGGGAGAUGAAAAGAUCUGCAUGGAUGUUUUUAGGAAAUACAUAAGUCUCAAUGAGCAGCAUUUGCUACAGCGAGCAGCACACAUAUUUCUGGAGUACUACAGAAAGUUUCCCCCAGGGAUACACUUCAACUUACAAGUGCUAAAUGACCUUCUGAUUUCUUUACUCAAGCAUUGUUUAUUGAAAGAAGUCUUUCAGAUAGUGAAGCUCAGCAUAAUGGCUAAAAUGCUGCCUGCUCUGAAAAUAUUACUAAAAAUAUUUGAGUAUGUGGCAGCUGUGAAGUUAAGGAGUGCUGUGCCUGCUUUAAUUGAGAUUUUUUGCAAGUUCAUUGAUGCUGGGAUGGUGCCUGACUCAGAGCAUUUGAACUAUAUUGUCAAGCUUUUGUACCAAACACAGGCAUCCCAACAAGACAUAGCUGCAGUUCUGGAAGCCAAAUCCAGGUUACGAGUGAGGCAACUGAAAAAGAACUGGAAGUGUGAUUUAGACUCAGCCUUGAGUGAAGUGGAGACUUGUAAAGAACAAGGUGACUGGACCAAAUUGGGAAACCUGUACAUUAGCAUAAAAAUGGGCUGUGAAGAAUUUGCAGAUUUCCAGAGAUUCUGUGCUUGUGUUGCUGAAACGCUCACAAAAGAUAAUAAAGAAGAAAGGCCAGGUGUUCCUUUUUGUGAAUUUGCUGAAACAGUUAGCAAAGAUCCACAGUUCAGUGAGGUGGAUAAGACUUUGUUGGGGAGGAUCGGAAUAAGUGCUGUGUACUUCUAUCACAGACUGCUGCUGUGGUCCAAGGGAAGGAAGGUCUUAGAUACACUAUAUGAGCUAAAAAUACAUUUUACAAGUUUAAAAGGACUUACAGGACCUGAGAAAGUAGCACCAAGAUGUCAAAUUGUGAAUGUUGCAGCAGAAAUUUUUAUCAAAAGCGGGAGCCUAGAUGGUGCUCUUUGGGUACUGAGGGAAUCGGAAUGGAUAAUCAAUACACCACUUUGGCCUUGUGAUACAAUGGAUGUGCUUAAUCGACAUAAUUUGCUCUGUACCAUUGCACGUCAACUCCUGAGCAAGAAUCUUUACAGACAAACAUUUGAGGUUUUCCGGAAUCUACCAGGCUUUCAGAAUUCUCGAGAAACUGUGGAGGUUUCCCAGUAUAGCCUUCUUUUUAAUAAACUUCUAGAUGCCUGUAUAGAAAGUAACAGUCUUGUCAUAUCAUCUUCUGUAGCGGAGUUCAUGAUUUCGAAAAGCAUCCCUAUUGACUUUUCCUUUCUCAGGAGACUAAUCACUUCCUUAGGAAGGAGUUGUUUGUGGCUCAAAGCCAGGGCCCACUACAAAAGUGCUCUUUCCCUGGGUUGCUACCCACCAUUAGAGGAAAACUUAUACCAGAAACUUCUACUGGUUCCCUCCUACUUAUCCGAGAUUGAAAUGCUUUUAGCUAUCGAAAUAUUUCUGGUGUCUAAUGCUGGUAGUAUUCAGAGCCCGGGAACUUCCACACAAGUGCUACAGAUCGUUUUGAAAAGAUGUGAAGAAAACAGAUCUCGAAGCAAGGAUGACUAUCAGGCUGCAGUAGAAAGAUUGAUCAUGGCUGCUCGUAUAUCAGACCCCAAGCUUUUCAUUAAGCACAUGACUGUCAACAUUAACAAGGAGCAGGUGUACAGUUUGGAGCACUGUUCUGCCCUGAAAUGGCUGAAAGAGAAUAUGAAGUGGGCUGGAAAGGUCUGGCUUUUCACUAACCAUUAGUUAAUAAACGUGUUGUUGUUGGGUUUUUUUUUUAAGUUUAAGUAAUCAUUGUUGAAAAUAAAAGACAAUAAAAAUA